CAAGCGUCUAUUCUUUCAGAUCGUUUUGUAACCAAACGUGACAGAAAAAUUACGGAAAUGAAGUCAUCUACAAUGCAGGCCCUUAAAUUAGUCUUACGAACAUCCAGCUGUAGUUGCAGGCAUAGAAGUCCAGGGAUGCUCAAAACAAUGCGAUCAUUGGAGAGUUUGCAAAGAUGUUUUAGCACUGAACCUCAAGAAAAGCCUUUACCUUUGCCUAACACACCAGAAAAGACAUAUUCCCCUAAAAUACAACAGAUAGUGACUGAUAUAAGUCAAUUAACAUUAUUGGAAGUGUCAGAUUUAAAUGAAUUACUAAAGAAAACCCUGAAUAUAGCGGAUGCUCCAGUGAUGGCGGUCGGUGCUAUGCCCACUGGUGCUGGCUCUGGCUUUGCAGCAGGGAAACAAGAGGAGGAAGAGGAAGCAGAGCCAGUCAAAAUGUCAUACACGGUCAAGCUCGAUUCUUUCACCCCGGAAAAGAAGGUGGCCCUCAUCAAAGAGAUUAAAACCCUCAUGCCUGGAACUAACCUUGUACAAGCCAAAAAGAUAGUAGAAUCAGCACCAGUUGCAUUGAAGACGGACCUAACGAAGGAUGAAGCGGACCAGCUUGUGAAAGCUCUAGAGGCAGUCGGUGGGAAGGCCACCGUUGAUUAGCACCAUGUCAUUCUGAUUAUCAGAUUAGAUAACUAACAAUGUUCUAUGUGUGAAGGCAAUUCUUACUUACACUAUUUUGUUCACCAAAAAAUAGUGUGAUAUUGAUAAUAACAUGUAUAAUACAGGACAUAAUCAAGUCAAGUGUUUGAGAAAUUAAAAGGUACAUUAUGGGAUUCCUGGGUAGCUGUGAGUCUGUGACUGUUGUUUAAAAUAUAUAGUUGAAAAUCAGCCACAUUAUGCUAAGCUUGACACAAUUAUAGCUUGUUUACUUAAACAUGUAAAUAGCAUAUUUAAAACAUUUGUAUUUUUAAACAUCAUGGAUGUCAGAACAAAAUUAUAGAAUCUAUAAAAGUUAUUAUACUAACAAGUAAUAGAAGUCGUUCAUUUUGAAUUAUCUAUUACAAGGUUUUUAUACCUAGCUGUAAGACUUGUUUUUCUAUUUAGGGGGAAGCAUGUUUGGAUAACAAGUGAAUUUCUUACACUGUAAGAAAUUGGCUGUCUUCAAACGCUUAAAUAUACUAUUACUAAGUAAUGGCAUUUUAUCUUACAGGAGAUAAUUACUAGCAUCUGAUCAAUGUUUGAAUUAUAAGCACACUUCAUGUACAUGUAGAGUUUGCCAGAGACAG